UGGAGCUAUAAGCUGUGAAGUGUGCCUGUCAUACGAUUUACCUUUUUUAAACACUUAACGCCAAUCUACAUAUGAGUAAAAGGAUAACACUAGUCAAGCGCAUCCUGGAAUUGCACUGCAGAUCAAACUGUGGACGGCUUUUCUCACAUUUUGUCACAUUCAAAUACUAAAGAAAGACCUAACUUGAUGGAAUAACGCGUUUUGAAUCGAAAAAUAUGGCAAAGAUAUUAUUACAUCUGGUGCAUUUGUUAUUAUUUUUAAAUUCCAGUAUCGGGGAAGUUUCAUCCGUGGAGCCAUCCGACAUGACGCAGCACGACAGCAAUAUCGAACAGGCUACGGAUCACUCUUCCGCGCGCCAAACCGCAUCGCGGGACAUGGUCUCAAUCAAUAUGUUCAAACUCUAUGAAAAGUACAGUAAGGAGCCUCACCGUUAUCGAGACGGAAAUACCGUGAGAAGUUUUAAAGCUAUUCCAAGAGUCUCCGCGAACAGCGUGUGGUUCCAUUUCAACCUGUCGACCCUCCAGGAGUCGGAGGUCAUCCUGUCCGCCACAUUCCACUUCCUGGACCAGCGUCCCCGCCACCGGCCCUGGAUCUGCCGGCGCUCCCGAAAUGCUUCCUGCCGCCUCCAGCAUCUUCCCCCGUCCCAGCUCCUCUUCCGAGGAACAUCCCCGAACUCUGCCUUUGCCUCCCCACUGGGCAACAUCACCCUGCCCCCUCCCAGGAGAGGGUCCUGGCAGACAAGGGAAGUCUCCGGUGUCGUCAAAGAGGCCCACGUCCUGGGAGAGCUCCUCAUCUCAGCAGAGUUUGACUUUGGGGUGAGGCCCCAGAGGAACCAGGAGCACCUCUCUCCAGUCAGCCUACCAUACGUCCUGGUGUAUGCCAACGACGUGUCCAUAUCUGAGCCCAACAGCGUGGCCAUGACCUUGCAGAGGUACGGGCCUUUCCCUUCAGGCGAGGAGCCCACCCGGUCCCCCAAUGCAUCUCCUCCAGCCUCCAGGCUGAAAAGAGAAGCAGUGUCCCCCCUGGACCAAAUACAGAACAAUAACCUGCCUGAAGUCCAGUUUCACACCCUGAAGAACCAUGAACUAUGGGAGAGCACUUAUUUUGCUCCCAAGAUUAAGCCCUCGAUGAAACAUGGGCGAAAGCAAGGCCAGGUGCUGAGCUUUGAUGAGAGGACCAUGAAGAAGGCUCGCAGGAGACAGUGGAGUGAGCCCAGGGUCUGUGCCCGACGCUACCUGAGAGUGGACUUUGCAGACAUCGGCUGGAGCGAGUGGGUGUUAGCCCCGAAAGCCUUUGAUGCCUACUACUGUGCAGGCACCUGCAGAUUUCCUAUUCCAAAGGUUCUCCGGCCCUCGAACCACGCCACCAUCCAGAGCAUUGUGAGGGCGGUGGGAAUCGUUCCCGGCAUUCCGGAGCCCUGCUGUGUUCCGGACAGGAUGAGCUCUCUGAGUGUUCUCUUCCUGGACCCCAGCCGGAACAUGGUGCUGAAGGUUUACCCCAACAUGUCUGUGGAGACCUGUGGCUGCCGGUAGAACCACCCGGGAAAGAGCCUCAAUGCAUAAAUGCAUAAAAAAGAAGACAAUGAAUCAGACAGAGUGGAGCAGGAGAGACAUUCAGUCAAUAGAGUACAAAAAGAAAUACAUCUUUGGAUGAGACUACAAUGGAUGAACUCACCAUGGAGGGAGAUAUGGAUUAUAGAUAAGUGUUUAACGGGUGGUGGGAUGCAGAGAACACUAUGUCUGACCCUCCGGUGAGUGUGAUUCACACAGGAUUUCCUCUGUCAUUCAGCAGCUCGACUGUAGGUGAUUUGGGGACUGUUUGACUAACUGUCAGUUCCAAGCCUUCAGCCAUCCAGAGCUGGCUCUUGAUCUAUACCCAGACUCCAGAGUAACUCAAAUACUGGACCCUAUUGCCAUAUACUGCACUUAGACUAUUGGACUCAAGUCUUCCUACGGCACCAGACUCAAAAGCUCAACCUCUGUAAAUAAUAUUGUAACUAAUACAACUAAAUGGGACUUUUUUUUGUAAAUAAUUGAUGGAAUCCUAAACUAUGCUUUGCCUGUCGUUUAUGUAGUGUUCACUAGGUGUUUGAAAUCAUCUGCUAAGAUAAAUGGUUAAUGCAUGAGAGAUUGUACUAUUUUAAUAAAUAACCCCAUAUCGUU